AGAGAGAGAGAGAGAGAGAGAGAGAGAGAGAGAGACAGAGAGAGAGAGAGAGAGAGAGAGAGAGAGAGAGAGACAGAGAGAGAGAGACAGAGGGACAGAGAGAGAGACAGAGAGAGAGAGAGAGAGAGAGAGAGAGAGAGAGAGAGAGAGAGAGAGAGAGAGAGAGAGAGAGAGAGAGAGAGAGAGAGAGAGAGAGAGAGAGAGAGAGAGAGAGAGAGAGAGAGAGGGACAGAGAGAGAGAGAGAGAGAGAGAGAGGAGAGAGAGACAGAGGGACAGAGAGAGAGACAGAGAGAGAGAGACAGAGAGAGAGAGAGGGACAGAGAGAGAGACAGAGAGAGAGAGAGAGACAGAGAGACAGAGAGAGAGAGAGAGAGAGAGAGAGACAGAGAGAGAGAGAGAGAGAGAGAGAGAGAGACAGAGGGGACAGAGGGACAGAGAGAGACAGAGAGAGACAGAGAGAGAGAGAGAGAGAGAGAGAGAGAGAGAGAGACAGAGAGAGAGACAGAGAGAGAGAGACAGAGAGAGAGAGAGAGAGAGAGAGAGAGAGAGAGAGAGAGAGAGAGAGAGAGAGAGAGAGAGAGAGAGAGAGAGAGACAGAGGGACAGAGGGACAGAGAGAGAGACAGAGGGACAGAGAGAGAGACAGAGAGAGAGAGACAGAGGGACAGA